AUGAUCCAAUCUUCCUUCCUUUUCGACGAUCCUGGAUUGUCAGGGCUGAAUGAUCCUUUGACCCUCAUCACCCUAUUCGGAGCACGGCCAUAUCCGCUGACCCCAUCCACCAUGCCUAGUCGUUCGAGAGUUACAGGUACAGAUAAUACUGCGCUCUCUAUCUUCAACGUCCUGCUCAAAACGAGUGAUAUCCAACUGCUCUGGCAUGCUUCUGAGCUCUUAUUACUGUUGAUAGAUACCAAGGUCCAUCGCCUUGAGAAAAAGCGGGACAUGGCUUCGAGAAGAUGCCAACGGACGGCCUCGUCUCAAGUUGCGACUCAAAGAUUGGAUAACGGUACCAAGUCUUGUGCAUUAGCGAGUCGUCUCGACUCGCGGCAGUCAGAGGUUUUGCGGGCUGCCCUCUCAAGCUGCCCCAGAUAUGGGAAAGGUGAAGUUGAUUCUCAUUAUAUUUUCUCCGAUAGCCUGAAGCGGUCACAGAGUUCUGGUUGUAUUGUUAGCCACUCUUAUGUACCGCCUUUCGUCACUCGGCAUAUGAAAUCAACGUGCACGAGCAAGGUCAGCAUGUGCCAACUGCACAGGCAGUAUUCUAGAGCAGAUCGACAAUGUGAUCCUUUCGAUUCCUCAUCUCAAAAGUCGCAUCUUAGAUCGGGUUACCAAGGCUGCAAGGCCACUGAGGAAUCACAUCAGAUGACCUGGUGCUUUGACCCCACCAUUCAUGACAGAUGA